UGAUCUUCCUUAUCAGUUGAACUAUAAGUAGUGGGAAUAUAUAGUAUAAACCAAAAGCAUCGAUGGUGGAAGUAGGUGAAGAGAUAGUGAUUGUGGGAGGUGGAAUAGCUGGCCUCGCAACAUCCUUAGGACUUCACAGGUUGGGUAUAGGAAGCUUAGUAUUGGAAGCAUCGGAUAAUUUGAGGAGCGCAGGAUUUGGGUUGACGGCAUUUACCAAUGCUUGGAAGGCAUUAGAUGCCUUGGGCAUUGCUGACCUUUUGCGGCAACACCAUUUAAGGCUUCAUGGGAAUGUGACCAACUCAGCAAUCUCGGGACUUCAAACUUCAGAAUUGCCAUUUAAGGCCGAAGGGAAACAUGGGGGUAUGGGAACUGAGGAGCACAGAGGAGACCAUGAAGUUCGUUGUGUGAGAAGGAAUUUGCUAUUGGAAGCCCUUGCAAAGGAACUCCCAUCUGGGACCAUUAGGUACUCCUCGAAGGUGGUCUGUAUUGAGGAAUCAGGCUUCUUUAAGCUGCUGCAUCUUGCUGAUGGAACCAUCCUCAAAGCCAAGGUGUUGGUUGGGUGUGAUGGAGUGAACUCAGUGGUGGCAGAUUGGCUGGGCUUCAAGAAACCUGCUUUUGCUGGGAGAUAUGCCCUCAGAGGCUGUGUAGAUUUCAAGUGUAGUCAUGGAUUCGAGCCAAACUUCAUGCAGUUCUUCGGAAAAGGUGUUCGGUCGGGUGCCAUCCCUAUGGAUGAUACUACUGUUUAUUGGUUUGUCACUUGGACUCCAUCUAGCCAUGAGGAAGAGCUAGAACAGGACCCAGCUAAAGUAAAGCAACUUGUGUUGAGUAAGCUGGGAAAAGUACCUGAUCAAUUCAGGGCAAUUAUAGAGAACUAUGAACUGGAUGGUUUUAAACCAUUGCCAUUGAGAUACAGACAUCCUUGGGAGCUACUAUGGGGAAAUAUCAGCAAAGGCAAUGUCUGUGUAGCCGGCGAUGCACUCCACCCCUUGACACCAGACAUUGGGCAAGGCGGGUGUUCUGCCUUGGAAGAUGGUGUCGUUUUAGCCAGGUGUCUUGCUGAAGCUUUACUGAAAGAACCAACUGGAGAAACAAAAGAGAAAGGUGAAGAAGAAGAUCAAAAGCAUGAAUAUGAGAGGAUUGUGAUGGGGCUAAGGAAGUACGCCAAAGAGAGGGCAUGGAGAAGUAUUGAGCUCAUCAGUGCGUCUUAUAUGGCUGGUUUUAUACAGGAGAGCCAUGGAAAAAUGAUGACCUUCUUGAGAGAUAAGGCAUUGGUUGGAUUCUUGGCAGGUUUCUUGUUGAAAAUGGCUGAUUUUGAUUGUGGGAAGCUUAUCAUUUCUUGAAUGCCAACUUAUAAACAUGCUUGCACAAUAUAUAUGUUAACAAAUUUUCUGGAGCUGACGACUUGGAAUCCCGGACGUCACCGUGUACCAAAGCUCACAAGGUUGACGAAAUUCAAAUGAGAGUUCUUCAAGUUGUCUGCAAAACAAAAGGGGUCGUCGGGGUGUCCCGGCAACGCCUCCUCCGACGAUCAAGUUAGAAUCGGUGGGAGAAAACCUCCUUAGAAAGAAGAAAUUCAUGUGUUUUUUAGAAGAAGAUACCUCUCUUUUUUAUCAGCCCCAAACCUUUUAUAUGUCUGCUCUCCUUAAAUGUCCUUCACGUCAACAUUUAUUACUCGAAUAUGCUUUUCUUUUCCUUCAUUAAUUUGAGCCCAUGAACCCAGGCGCUUAUACCGAAUCGUCCCUACUUUCUCUGAUCGGCGACGGGCAAUCAUCGAUUAAUAAGACAAAAAUAUUAAUUAGGGAGAAUCUCCCACUUCAUUUCAAACAGCUCCUCUCUUAGCUAUAGGCUCCAGCUCAACUCUCUAUCAUUUUAAUCAAUGGCGGGAAAUUCCUUAACAAUAUACGUAAAUGUCUGUCUAUAUAUAUGUAUAUGUAUAUGAUGCUGUGUAAAAAUCAAGUUUUCUUUCCUCGUGAACAAUAAUAAAUCAGAUUGAUCGAGCGAUAUAGUACUGUUGUUUCCCUUCA